UCACCCGAGGUAGCCUGGGGCGGAGAUCGGUGCCCCGAAGCGCAAAGCCUGACGCGCCCCCCCCCCGAUUGUCCCCCCCCAUCUCCCACCGCCCAGUCCCCGGCAGCGAUGAGACAGAGCGGCGCCUCCCAGCCCCUGCUGAUCAACAUGUACCUGCCAGAUCCCGUCGGAGACGGUCUCUUCAAGGAAGGGAAGAGCCCGAGCUGGGGGCCGCUGAGCCCAGCGGUGCAGAAAGGCAGCGGGCAGAUCCAGCUGUGGCAGUUUCUGCUGGAGCUGCUGGCAGACCGCGCGAACGCCGGCUGCAUCGCGUGGGAGGGAGGCCACGGCGAGUUCAAGCUCACCGACCCGGACGAGGUGGCGCGGCGCUGGGGCGAGCGCAAGAGCAAGCCCAACAUGAACUACGACAAGCUGAGCCGCGCGCUGCGCUACUACUACGACAAGAACAUCAUGAGCAAGGUGCACGGCAAGCGCUACGCCUACCGCUUCGACUUCCAGGGCCUGGCCCAGGCCUGCCAGCCGCCGCCCGCGCACGCCCACGCCGCCGCGGCCGCGGCUGCAGCCGCCGCCGCCGCCCAGGACGGCGCGCUCUACAAGCUGCCCGCCGGCCUCGCCCCCCUGCCCUUCCCCGGCCUCUCCAAACUCAACCUCAUGGCCGCCUCGGCCGGCGUCGCGCCCACGGGAUUCUCCUACUGGCCGGGCCCCAAUCCCGCGGCCACUGCCGCCGCCGCCGCCACCGCCGCCCUCUACCCCAGCCCCGGCUUGCAGCCCCCGCCCGGGCCCUUCGGCGCUGUGGCCGCAGCCUCACACUUGGGGGGUCAUUACCACUAGACGGGGCGG